CGCGGCGCUUCGUCAAGGCGACAGCCGUGUUUACAAGCGGCCGCGUCCUCCCUCUGCUCCCGUUAUCACCCCGCCCCGUAACUGUCCCGGAGCGCCUCAGCCGCCCAGUUCCGUCCUCUGCUCCGUUUUAAAGCCAUGCCCGUGCGCUGGAAGGGAUUGAGUGAGUACAAGAGGAACUUCAAAUGGAGGAAAUCGGCUCAGUCUAGGCUUUGUAGCUCUGCACCAGAGCAAAAAUGCCAAGGGGCUGGACUUAGAUCGGAUGAGCUCGGAAUUGCAAGAGAACCCAGUUUUAUUUCUAAGAGAAGAGGGCCUUAUCACAACACACAAAUUUCAGAGUCCUUUGAAUGGAUUGGGGACAAUAAUUCGGAGAAAGAUACGUCAUCAGAAUAUGAAAUCCACCGGCCAUUGGAGUCGCACACAAAAGACAACAAAGAUUAUGUAAAUCAGGAAAAUAUUAAAACACCUGAUGCACCCAGGCUUCCUGAAAAGGUACAUUCCAGCUCUGCAAGUUCUAGAUCUGAAUCAACUAUAGCUCUUGCAGAAAGCAAGAUGUCACCACCCAAAACAAUAGGGCAUAUAAACAAAAAAACACUAUCUACCAAAAAGGAAUUGGGAGAAAAAGAUGGUGAGCUUAACAGAGUUUUGCGGAGGAAAGCAGGCCUGAAUAUUCCAUGGUCAAGUAGCUUCCCUAGAAGCUCUGAAUAUCAACGGCAAUUUAUUUGGAAAACUCCUCAAAAGUUGUCUCCAGUGCUUGCAGCAGACCAGAUUAUUCACAGUUCAAGUAAAUCCAUCCCUCCAUAUAAGUCUCCUGUCAUUAUUCCUGAAACCGAAUAUGAAAGGAGUUUCAAAGCUUCACCCCCUGUGAAAGAACAGAAAGAGAGAUGCUGUUUGGAGGAGAAAGAAUGUCCUGUAUCUGAACCUGUAGAAAUUUCAUAUGAAGAAAAGAAAAAGAAAAAGAAAAAGGAAACAUUUUUGAAGACUGCAGAAGAUCAAUCAAAGCUAAGCAAAUCUGAAACAAAUCUGAAACAACAUAAACAAAAACAUAGGUUACUUGGCUUACCUAGAAAUAUUAAGAAAAUGAACACAGAAUACAGUUCAAAUUUCUUGUCUCCAGCACAGUAUAUGUACAAAGAUGGAGCCUGGUUACGUAUCAGGGGAAACAAACCUGAUCAGGGUUCUCAAAACACCCUAAAUACCAUGUGGUAUAUGGAGGUGAAAGAACUUCGGGAGAAAGCAGAGACCUACAGGCGAAGGUCCCAAGGAACCCACUUUUCCAGAGAUCAUUUAAAUCAGAUUCUGUCAGAUAACAACAGGCUUUGGGAUUUGUCCUCUAAUUCCAGUGCUGAAGAAAUCAUUAGCAACAAUGUCAGAGCUCUAGAUCUCGCAGGGGUCCGUGAGAAAAAGCUCUUCCCACAUCCUGAAUUGCCAGAACAGUUCCAGCUGAACAACACUGGGAAAUUAGGCAUGUCAGGCGCUGCCACUGUUCCAAUCAAACAACGUUUGGUUUGGGACAAACCAGGCAAUGAUGAGCAACUGGAAAAUCAGUCACCAGCAUUAGAGGAAAAAGAGGGGGCGAAACAUAAGCCGGAAUCGGAAGAGAUUGAAGAACUGGAAGAAAAUGAUAAGGAUGCCAAUACAGAUGCCCAGCAAGUAGAAGAAAACAUGAAUUCUCCAGGUGAUAUGGCCAAGUCUUCUUCGGUAUCCUCACGAGAGGGUGGCAGGCUUCCUACUCCACAGCUAAGGGCACUUGGUGGAGCCCAAAGAACACAUCAUGACCUUACAACACCAGUUGCUGGAGGUGCUGUUUUAGUAUCUCCUCCAAAAGGGAAGUCUUCAUCCUCGCUGCAUGUCAGGCAGGGGUCUUCAGAAAAGCAUGCCUUGGCAAAUCAAACCUCAAGGGAAGAUUUGAAAAGAAAAUCUCACAGGGAUGAAGAGGAUACACCACUUAGUCCUUCCCCAGCUGCUGGGCUGAAAACUGUGGAUCCUUUGCCUCUGAGGAAAUAUCAGUGGUCCAGCCGAGAUUCAUCUGGUGCAAGAAGCUCUCCAGCUUCAGCAUAUUCAGAGCAGACAACAAAGGUUCCUGGCUUAAAAUCAGCCAAGGAUCCUUCUCUGCCCUAUUGGAAUCCAUCGUGCCGCAUUCAGGGGAUGCUCAGGGAUCCUGAGUUUCAGCAUAAUGGCGGUGUUGCAAGCCCCAAAAGGAGCUGGAUGCAAUUACCACUUCAGGAGAGAAACUAUAAUGAUGAAGAUGAUGAUGACCGAUUGUCCCAGCUAUCUGCUCGAUCUGCUGCUUCUAGUUCACUGGCAUCUCAGGUUCUAGAACGAGCACAGAGAAGAAAGGAGAACUUCUGGGGCAAAAUGUGACUGUGUUCAGCUAUACUCCUGAAUUGUUUUGGUAUUUUAAUACCAAUUUGUGAAAAUUAUUUGAGGCUGAAUUCUGGUUGUUUGCACUUACCACUUUGGUAAAAAGGUCCCACUAUAGGAAAUGCUGGAUAUUCACAUCCCUUUAUCUUGGAUAGGACAGGGAUAAAUGACCUGUGAUCCUCUGGGAGUUUUUGCAUGACAGCUCCUCUCGUCCCUAGUCAUCGGCCUCACUGGCUGGGAUUGAUGCGAGCUGAGAGUCCAGCAACAUCUAGAGGUCACAGAUAAGGUACCCUCUGGCAUGGGUUCUGGGAAUGCACAACCUGUCUUUGAGCUCUACCUCAUUUGGUCACAAAUGUUUUUAGCUAGAGCAGUGUCAGUUUUGUUCAAAUGGCAUCAUAGCGGAGAAGUGUUGCCAUGCUACAAUGUGUUCAUCUUCAUCAUCCAUCACAAAGCGUAGAUCAUCAAGUAAGAGUAAAUAACAUGAAGGAUGAACCCAGGUGUGGGUAGCCAGCAACCUUCAUUAAUUCCUGACCUCAGCACUUCUUCAUCUCUUCUGGCACUCACUGAGCUCCAAAAUCCUUUAAUCCCACCCAGCAUAUUCAUACAAAUCAUUCAGAUUCUUCGUGUCAAAUUCAUCAGCACUGAUCUUUAUGCUCCAAUGCAGUCUUGGCAUUUACCCAAAGCUGUUAUGGACCUAACGUGAUUUUUUGACUUGGUCAUGUCUGUGCAGGUCCCAACAGCAUUUAGUGUGGCUUCUGUGGCUGCCUUGGCAAUACCAACCUGAGUCAGUUUUCAUUAUGAGAGUACCAAGUAAGAUACAGUCACAAAAGUUACUCUCAUGACCCAACACCACAGCAUCCUGUUGCUUUGGUUCUGUCCUCAAUAUACAUUUCAGUGUCACUCCCCUUCACCUGUUAGCAGUUUUAUCAUAAAGAUGAAGCUAAAUCUCAGUCCAUAAUACUCCAGGUAAUGAAGCCCAUGAGCAGUAUCUGAACAUUUCGCAGAAGGAAAGGCUAUCGGCAGUCUGUGAGCCAGACAAAGAGACUUGUUGCCACCCAUUCAGCUAGUGGUUGUUUGAGUAGUUGUUUAAAAGUAAAUUUUAAACAGGCCUCGGCUCCCACACCUGCAACUUACUUUUUAAAAUGAUUCAUAUCAUUGCUAAUUGUGUGAAUAGAAUAGUGCCUAGUUUGGCCCUAGUUGUAUUUAAAUCACAGUUGUGUUCCUCUGUCAUGAUAAUUUUCAGGUUUGUACACGUGAUCACUGUUAGCCAUAUUGAUGACUAGAUCAGUUUUUAAAGUUGUAUUUAGAUCACCACAGUGGAUUCUUCGCAAGACUCAGGGAAUGGGAAAGAACUGAACUUGAUGACAAUGCAAUGUUGUCUUGCUGUGCUGUUUCAGAAUUAUUGGCAUUGUAGAAAGAUUUUUAAAGCUAAAAUGGGUUUAUUCUUUCACAGAUGAUCCCACAGCAUUUUAACAUUUAACAGCACUGUUUAUAAAGAAGUGAUGGAACUUUCAUUAUUAUUUUUUAAUGUUAAGAUUUUUAUGAUUUUUUAAAAAUCACUUUUUAUGUGUUCUAAAAUAAAAAUCAACUUGUAUAUUUGUGUACGUCAGAUCCUUAAUUAGAAAUAACCCUGUUAUAACUGGAGAUUUCACUUUUGCAUGCUUUUACCCAUAAUUCUGUUUUAUUUCCACACUAAUUGUGAAAAGUACCUCUCAAAAUCCAUACCAUAAUAUUUAAAUUAGUAUUUUCUCUAAAAAUAGCUACAUUCUCAGGCUGGAGCCAGCAAGCGAGCAACAGCAGCUGCAGACUUUGACAGCAGCCCAGGGCGUGAAGGGAGAAUUGUUAUGGGAAGACCAGAGGGAAGUACAGGGGGAGUUCACAGCCCAGAAAAACACAGACAAUUAUCAGACAAUAGCUUGUCUGAGCCAGUUUCCAAGCGUCUCAGUGUGGAGUAAGGCAGGAGAGGAGGGGUACAAGAAAAGGGGAAAUUGACAUCACAGAAGCGACAGAAGAGAGUCAUUUUCACGCGUUGUUUCUGGAAAAAGAGGAAAAACGCUGAGGAUUUCAUUGAGUCGCCAUCAGGGUGGCCAUAAGUCAUGGGGGCAGAGAGCUCCGGACAAAUGGCAUGUUUUUUCUGGAAUAAAACCAACUUUUAAUUUGUACAUGUUUGUGUCCUGCUGCUGCUACAUACAUGCAUACUUUGUGACUUUUAAAUGACUGACAACUUUUUUUUGCAAAUUCAAAGAGUACAAAAUCCAGUGGUUAGCUAAAUUCUUACCUGCACAUUUGUAAAGAUGUGAAUCAGGCAAUUUCAUACAGGAAUUUGCAAUUAUUUAAUGAUCCCUGAUUGUAAUUCAGAAAAGACUCACUGAACAAAUAAAAA